CGCAGCAGAUCGCGUCGCAUUAACUGCCGCUCCAUAACGGUUAAAACUGGGAUACUGACUUUGAUUCUGGUUCAGAAGCAGCAGUAUCGAUAUAUCAGGUUCAAGAUCGACACGGCAAAGCAAACAUUUGGAAUAAAUUUAAUGUAAUUAGGCGAUGAUGUCGUUCGACAAGAUUGUGGUAUUCCUGGUCCUGGUCCUAGUUCACCUAAAGCAUUGUGCGGCUUUUACUUCGGCAUCUUUGGAAAGGACUAUCUACUACCGGAAUACGCCACCCGAUCCGUUUGGUCACUACAGCUUCGAGUUCCAGACCACAAAUGGCAUUACCACCAGAGGAGCUGGUAAUGAGAAUGGAGCCGUCGGAGUGGUGCAGUUCGUUUCUCUCGAGGGAAUACCCGUUACAUUCUCCUACGUGGCCGAUGCAAAUGGAUAUCAGCCCACCGGAGAUCAGAUUCCGGCCAUCCCGCUGCACGUCAUCCGCCAGUUGGAGUACAUCCGCACGCAUCCACCGGUGGAUGAGCUGCGCUCGAGACGUUGGUAAAAACCUCUACGACAUUACAGUAAUUAUAAAUUGACGUCUAAAUAGCUGCCGAUGGGCUGGCUGAAUAUACAACUGGAUACAGUUCGCAAUAUUUUUAUUUCGUAUUUAUGCUAAUUAUUUUUCCAUGCAAAUCGGACAAAAAGACAACAACAAAAGCAUGCCGAGGUAUAUGGCAAGUCAAUAAAUAUUCUAGAAUUAUAAA